AUGCGAGAAGGUCCUGUACAUCCGCGACGCAUUCGGGGACUGCGGGAAAGUGGACAAGGUAAAAUCCAUCAGCCCGUACUACUGCAUGCCACACUGCGUCUACCGAUUAUGGCGCAGGCGUUGGGUCUGCCACAAGUGCCAUGGGCCAAACCAGAAGGUCUCGCGGUGCGCCAUCAAAAGGUGCGGACACAUCAUUUGUCGCGAGUGCAAACCCUCCAAGUGAUUCGCCACAAGAAAGACAAUGCAAAAACGGUCACGUACAACGCACUAGAGCACAUCAGAUGGAGUGGAAUAGCCAAGCAUCCUACGCUAGUACCGCCAGUACCAGUGUAUAGCCCUUCUGUUGGAGACUGGGUGUGA